CACAGGGCAACUACUCAGAUGAUCUGGGGUUUCUAGACCGAGCAGAAGCAUUACUCUAUGCACCGACGCUGGUGCGGACGACGACCAGGAUGAUGGCCUCACGCAUCUUGUCUCGCUUCUUACCUACAGCUGAGGAUGGCAGCACUUAUCAACAGAGCUACGAACACGACCACGACCACGGCCCGACGCCUGAUAGAGCCGAGCGAGGCCUCAGAGACUCGUCCGAUGAGCAUGAGCUUAAUGCACUCCUCGCCCAAGUAGAUGCCGAAGCCGACUUCGAUUUCGACGCCGAUGAAGCCACACCGUCUCGGCCUCACGGAGAUGAAGACAUUCCAGCUUCCCUCCUCAUCGAGGACAAGCCCGAUCAAAGCACCUUUGCUCCACCGCCGAGCCAGCGUACCGAAACACAGUGGAGAAGAGCCCAGGAGAGGCAACAACUACACCCCGAUGAUCGCCCACGUCCCACCGCUGCUCACGCACCAAAUCAAGACGCUGUCCUACGAGAGCAGGCCAUGUGGCUAUGGACAAACGUGCAGAACUUGGACGCCUUCCUUCUUCAAGUCUACCAAUACUUCACUGGCCAUGGUGUCUGGUCCAUAUUACUAUCUCGUUUCAUUCACUUGGCCACUACUGCCUUUCUCUUCAGUCUCUUCAUGUUUCUCUCGACAUGCGUCGAUUACUCAAAGAUCCCCACAAGCAAGGGCACUUCGGAAGUUCUGAUACCCCAAUGCAUGAAGAAGUCCUCUUGGACCAAGAGCCUCUUUUUGUGGAUCUUCUGUUUCUGGUGGAUCGCGACAUUGUGCAAGUACAUUGCCGAGAUUCCCAGUCUGAGAAGGAUGGAAAUGUUCUACCAGCAUCUGCUUGGCAUACCUGACACUGACAUCCAAGCCGUGUCUUGGGAAAGAGUGGUCCAGAGUCUCAUGAAACUUCGUGAUCUCAACCCGGAGACUGCUGCCACGACACCAAAGUACUUGAAAGCCGCGGGUAAACAGCUGAAGCAAAGAAUGGACGCUCAUGACAUUGCAAAUCGUCUCAUGCGUCGCGACAAUUACAGUAUUGCCCUCUUUAACAAAGAGAUAAUCGACCUUACUCUUUCGGUCCCCAUACUUGGUAAUCGGCAGUACUACUCCAAAAGUUUAGAGGACUGUAUCAACUUCUGUUUCUCCGGCUUCAUCUUUGACGAGCAGGGUCAAGUGAAUCCACUGUGCCUACAAAGAAGAGACAGACAUCGUUUGAUCCAAGUUCUUCGUCAGCGCCUUCGCUUCGUUGCCAUUCUGAGUAUCUUCUUGGCUCCUUUCACCAUCACCUUGCAUUGCAUCUACUACUUCUCUCGGUACUACGCUGAAUUUCGCGCCAGCCCAUCCGCUAUUGGUGCUCGUACCUUUACUCCUCUAGCAGAAUGGAAGUUCCGCGAAUUCAACGAACUUGAUCACGAUUUCAGGCAUCGUAUCAAACAGGCACAUCCGAUGGCGGCUGCAUACCUCGACCAAUUCCCUAGAGACAAGACUCAUCAAUUCUUGCAAUUUGUCAGUCUAGUCAGCGGCACAUUGGCAGGUCUCCUGACAAUCGCCACCCUAUGGGAUUCCGAACUCUUCCUUGGCUUCGAGAUCACGCCCGGCCGAACUGCUUUCUUCUACGUCUCCAUACUUCUCGCAGUAGCUACCGGAGCACGUAGCGCCAUUCCUGACGAGAGCAAAGUCCAUGAGCCAAUCUUCCAUCUCAUGAACGUGAUUGAAGCUAUUCACUACUGUCCAGCUCGAUGGAAGAAACAGCUACACAGCGACGAAGUCCGUACCGAAUUCUCUGCCCUGUAUCAGAUGAAGAUCAUGAUCUUCCUUGAAGAGAUUCUCAGUCUUCUGAUUGCUCCCUUUAUCCUCUGGAGAAAUUCCGGAAAGCGAAGCGAGAUGAUCAUCGACUUCUUCCGCAACUCGACGGUAGAAGUUGAGGGACUUGGUCAUUUGUGCAAUUUCGCCGUUUUCGAUUUCAGGAAGAGUAAAAAUGUCGAGGACGAUGUGGGUAAAGAUGUUGAUGGCCUUCGCGAAGAAUACUUUGGUACCAAGGAUGACAAGAUGGCAAUGUCGCAAUACUACUUCAUGGAGCGACUCAGCAAGUACGACAGACAGCAGGCAGUCCAUCGCAACCGCCCUCAUGGUAUCCAGCUCCCACCCGCCUACCCUCCCUUGGAGGUUCCUGUGAGGCAUACUACUGCCGAAAAACGCAGACUUACAAGAGAACCACCAUCACACCAACCAUCACCACAUCAGUCUCUAUUGCUAGAUGUCCCACGACAAAAAUCUGCUCCAGCGACCACGAGACGAUCAGGAGGCCAGCGACUAGCACAGCUACGCGGCGCUGGCAAACGUCCAAGCACGAACGCAUACAUAAGUCCCAACGAAGACGAAGAAGAUCAAAUGGCACAUCUGGACGCCCUUACCACCAGCAGACUCAUCGAGCAAGACAACAAUCUCUCAGACUCUUGGAAAGCAUUCGGUGACAGAGCAGACAUGGAAGAAGAUGAAACGGCUACCGAGCGACGCCCGAGUAAUGGUGUCUUGGGACUUCUUGUCGAAUAUUCAAAGGCGCAUUCCGGUGUCAAGGGGCCUAAGAUAGGUUGAUGUAGUUUCUGGGUUUGGCGUUCUUUGGGAGUGGUUAGAUGGGUGCACUGAACGAUUACGGCAUAUGGAUCGGGUUUCGCGGUUCAUUUGGGAAGGAAUGAAAGGUAUAAUCCUAAAGACGAGAAAUGAUCCAAUGACGAGCUUCAAGCUUCAAGAUAUAUUGCAUCCAGAGUGCAUAAAAGUGCACUAUCAUCCCAGUCGGCUCAUAUCUAUUUGGCAGCUGUGCUCUUGCGCCAAAUCAUAAGAAAGAACAGCAGUGUCACAAAAAGAACAAAGGGCACGCAAACAUGAAAUCAAAGACUUUUCUCCAUUCAUUUUACGAAGAAUUUGGGUGGAGAUAUCAAUACAUAAAGUUCUGUUUUUUC